AUGGCCGACACCGAGCGAACAAUCCUCGAUUUCUACCAGAUCCCUACACUAUAUCCUUCAGAGUGGCCGGCAGAGAAGGACCUGGAAGACUUUGACUCGGACGAUGAUGAGAAGGAUGUCAAGUUGCAACGAAGACAGUCCCGAUACCAGGCGCUUGAGCGAGCUGUGAGCACGCGAAAGAGCGUGAUACCGGGUUCAGAAGGCGGCAAGGGCGGUGUUGGGAAUCUGGUUCAAAAAGAUGAGCCAGACCCCCUGGGAACUACAGACAGCGUCGUUAGAACGCUGAAGCAUCUUGGUCUACCGCUUCAAGAUGAUCACCGUCUCCGAAACCGAUUUCUCCUCUCCUCGACGACAUUCUCCCCCGCUCUAUUCCUCUCACAGAUGCAUGCGACUGCAGAUACUCGAAGUUUACUUACCGGUCUCGACGUUCUCUCACAAUCCAUCGAUCAGAAGUCGGCUUCACUCAAAGUCCUCGUUGAGACAAACUUUGAGAGAUUCGUCAAGGCGAAAGCUACUAUAGAUAAUGUCUAUAAGGAGAUGAAGUAUCGCGGCGUCGAACCGCCUUCCGCCCGCGCUCGUGGUCAUUCCCGCGCUGCUAGUCGCAGUAGCUUCCGGAACAGCGGCGUUGGAGCUGGACUGGGGCUCAGCAACCCGCUUGGAUCACCUGCGGCAGCUGAUACGCGAAAGAAGAAUGCGCUUACCAAGGAGAGCGAGUAUGGUGUCCUGGGUAUCAAGGCCCCUCUACUGGACGUUUCGGCCAAAGCUGAGGACGUCUGGGGCCCCGCCCUGGGAGGACGAGAAAAGGAGGAGAACCUCAAGACCGUGUCGAACCACAUGACUAGGUUUAAGGACUACGUGGAGCUGAGCAGCCAGGUAGCCGACAGCAUUAAACGCAAGGACUAUGAGUCACUCGUCGAGGAGUUUAACAAGGCCAGGAAGAUUGCGGAUGAAGCACGGCGAUUGUCCGAUGAUCUGGCGGGAGACACUCCCACUGAGCCGCAACUCUAUCAACUAUUGAUGGCGGCGCGGAUGUGGCAUGAUGUGGACCAGCAGAUUCGGAGCUUCAAGCGCGAUGUGUGGAAGAGGCUCGUCACCCUUCAUACGGCAUCCAAGUCGGAUGCGAUGACGGGCAGAGGCUCAGAUCAGCACACGGAGCUCAUCAGUCUACUCCUUGAACUUGGCGCUGACGAUAACCCGAUCUGGGUCUGGCUUCUGAGCCGAUAUGAUUAUCUCAAGGGCAAGAUCCAGUCAACGGCGGACCGCUCAAAGGUUGAGAUUGAGGUGCUUCGUCGCAGACUGGCUGUCGCCGAUAAACCAAACCCAAGCACGAUCGCAGCUCAUCUGAGAUCCCUUGGCCGGUCGGUAAUUGAGGGCAAGCCCCUGACUUUCGACUCUGCCGAUGUGAUUGAACUUUGGGAGAAGAUGCUCGCAUUCUUGAGCAGCCUGUUGUCGUCCAAGGGCAUUCUCGCUGAGGUUGUGGAUUUCUGGCAGAUGGUCUCAGGAUUCAUUGAUGGCAAGUCUCAAGCAACUCUCCCCGUGGGCUAUCUCGGAGAAUCCAAACACCAUCAUGAACUAUCGCCGCAGAGUGUCGGCGAGUUGCGGAAGGGAGCGGUCGAACUGGUGGACAUGCUCCGGGAGCACGUCUUUGCCUUCUUCGUGGAUUUGCCCCCUGAAGAUGUCUCGCUAUUGUUCUCGCCAUUGCCACCAACGCCAAACUCACCUUCUCCUGUACCACACACCCCCAGAUCUGGUGGACGGACGCCGACUUCGGCGCGAGAUCCUCGUUUCAACUUUGACCCGAAUAACCUACCACCACCAUCACCCAAGAGAGGUGAGGCAUGGGAGAAGCUCGCGUUCUGGCCGCCCUGGUCAAACUCCAUCAGUGGUGUUCACUACCUAUCCAAGAUGCUCACCCUUGUUGGCUCAGGAGCAUCUGAUAUGGCGAGUAUUGAUCCCAUUGCCUCAGGGGACAAUCAGGUGCUGGAACGCCUCAAGACCCUCGUCGGAGGCUCACGAGAGCGCUGCGUCACUGCCUUGUGCGCUGCUUGGAACCGAGAUGCCGAAAAUAUUAAGUAUGCAGAGGACUGGGAGCGCUCAGCCGAGCUGGGUGACGUGACGAGAAUGCCAGCGAGCUUUGCUGCCUUUGAGGGGGCUCUGCUCACGGGGAUGCAAAAGAUCCUAUAUAUCUCUGACGCCAUGUCCAAGCCUGGAGCGGGAGAUAUCGUCUUGCCGCCCCCGGCGAAGCUUCUUCAGAUGGUGCGCAGUCAAUACGUUUCCACCCUGUACAAGGCCUUGAGUGGAAUGGUUGAGAACGCUGAACGCUCUCUGAAGAGGACCGAAGAUGACUGGUCCAUCGAUGGCGAGGGAUCACUUGCGUCAGCUGCGAUACCCUCGAUGGCGGGCAAAGCGGCGUUGAAUUCUGGAGACAGGAACAUUCGCAUGCUCAUGACCCUUAGCAACCUCCAAUCACUCCGCUCGCAGGUCGUGCCGAGUCUCAACUUGCAGUUUGAAAACGCCUUUUUCGUCAAGUUGAUGGAGGAAUCAAAGAAGAUUCGCGAAGUCCUCGGACAAAUCCACGAGCGGCUCUUCCAGUCCUACACUAAGCAGUCGAUCGAAAACCUUCGUGACAUCAUUCAGUCCGGCGUCUCGGCUCCCGACUGGGCCCCUGGCCAUGGCCAACGCACCCAAACGGCCAAGCCAUAUGUCUAUGAGGCUCUCCUCAGCCUGGUCCUCGUCCACUCGCAAGUCUCGACUACGGCACCCGCCCUCACCUUUGAAGUACUGUCCUUCCUCCUCGAGCAGACCUCGAUCCAGCUCCUCGAGGCCUUCCGCCGACGCCCGCGCUACUCCCUUGAAGCUCUCAUGCAAGCGACUCUCGACGUCGAGUUUGUCGCCCAGACCCUCAGCCACUACACUUCAGAGCGUGCUUCGGAGCUGCAGAGCCAGAUCUACCAGGAGCUCGACGCACGUACUGACAACGAGGCCCGCGCCCGUCUGCAAGGCGAGCUGGGUGAGAUGCGCAACGUGCUCAAGCGCCUGCGCGACGCCAGCAAGAACGAGUUUGCCUGCUUCCGGAAGCCCAAGCGGCCGGGCCACGGGCCGAGCCGGAACAACAGCGGCAUCUCGUCGACCUAG